AUGGCAUCUAAUGAGCAUGAGUUGGACAAGCGGGAGCUCCCCCAAGAUGGGUGUAUUGAGGAAUCGGAGACGAAGGAACGAGAGAUCCGCGGCAUCAACUGGAUCGUGAUCUGCGUUUCACUUUAUAUCACUUGCUUUCUCUACGGACUGGAUACCACGAUCGCUGCCGAUGUCCAAGGCCCUGUCAUCGGGGCAUUCGGUCAUGUCGACCAAUUCUCCUGGAUCGGAGCCGGUUUCCCAUUGGGCUCAGUAUGUGUCAUUCUCUUACUCGGCACCCUUUUCAACACCUUCAACAUGAAAUGGGUCUACAUUGCAACCAUGGUGCUUUUUGAGGCGGGCUCGGCUCUUUGUGGCGCCGCACCAAAUAUGAACGCUCUGAUUGUUGGCCGUGUUAUCGCUGGUGCUGGUGGAAGUGGUAUCUACCUUGGAUCACUACAAUACAUGGCUGUCAUGACAGUGGAGAAGGAACGUGGUCUUUAUAUGGCUCUCAUAGCCGUCUUCUGGGGCUUUGGGUGUGUUUUGGGGCCUCUAAUCGGUGGUGCCUUUGCCGUGUCCUCAGCCACCUGGCGCUGGGCCUUCUACAUCAACCUGGUGAUCGGUGCCGUCUCCGCGCCGGCAUUUAUUAUCUAUCUCCCAUCUAUCUGUCUCAUGCAAGGCGUUCAUAUGCGAGAAAAGCUGACUUCCAUUGACUUUGUCGGCUUCAUUCUUGGGUCCGGCAUGUGGGUUAGCUUUCUCCUCGCGUUCACAAUGGCCGGUAGCCAAUGGCCAUGGAACGAUGGACGCACUAUUGCCACUUUUGUUGUAUUUGGUGUGGUCCUAGCACUCUAUGCCUUACAACAGUACUUUGCUAUCUUUACCACCCCCGCUCGACGCGCAUUCCCUGGGCACUUGUUGCGCGAUCGUACACAGGUGCUUCUAUUCGUCGUGACAGCGGCUGGAACCACCUCAGUAUUUGUCACCGUCUACUAUCUCCCUAUCUACUUUCAGUUUGUGAAUAGCGACGGCGCCCUUAUGGCAGCCGUCCGUCUACUGCCAUUCGUCGUCAUCGCCGUCGCGGCCAAUCUUGUCUCCGGGUCGCUUCUCCAUUUCAUUAAGCUCUACAAAGUCAUCUUCCUCAUCGCCAGCGUUUUCUUGCUGGUUGGUGAUGGUCCCCUGGUAGCUUAUUUGAAACCCAGCACGACGACGGGAACUAUCUAUGGGCUUUCAAUCCUCGCUGCGGUAGGAGGUGGCCUGUCUAUGGUUACUGGCUAUACAGUUUCUACCUUGACGACCAAACCUGAAGACACAGGCGCUGGGCUGAAGAUGCAGAAUGUUGCCCAAAUUGGUGGCCAAGUCAUUGCACUUGCUGUCGCAGGACAGAUCUACCGAUCGCGGGCCAUUGAAAAUCUGCAUUCUACUCUUGCUGGUCACGGAUACUCUUACUCAGAAAUUUGGAGCGCGGUGGCCGGUACGCAGAGUACAUUGUUUGAAAAGCUGGAGGGUACACUACGGGAUCGAGCAAUUGAUGCCAUCUCGCAGGCAAUGCGGAUGACGUUUGUGCUAGUUCCCGUUGCUGGGGCCGUUAUGUUUGUUGCGGCAAUGUUCAUGAAAUGGGAGAAGCUUUUCGGCUAUGGUGUUGCUGUGGGUGGUUAA